AACAAGACUGAAAAAAAAUACUAUCCAGAGUGAAAAUGCAAGCAGCGGCGAUGGCAGUUCAACCAGUAAUCAAGGUAGCUGGGAUCUGUGGUUCCCUCCGUAAAGGUUCCUAUAACCGUGGUCUCCUCAAUGCCGCGAUUGAGAUAUGUAAGGAUUCUGUAAAGGGAAUGGAGAUUGAGUACGUUGACAUAUCGCCGUUACCGUUUCUGAAUACUGAUCUUGAGGUGAACGGAACUUAUCCACCUGCUGUUGAGGCUUUUCGUAAGAAGAUUGAAGAAGCUGAUUGUUACCUUUUUGCUUCUCCUGAGUACAACUAUUCCGUUACAGGACCCCUGAAAAAUGCAAUUGAUUGGGCAUCUCGACCUCCAAACGUUUGGGCUGAUAAGGCAGCAGCAAUGGUGAGUGCUGGUGGUGGCUUUGGUGGAGGAAGAUCACAGUAUCACCUUCGGCAGAUAGGAGUCUACCUUGAUCUUCAUUUCAUUAACAAACCUGAAUUUUUCCUGAACGCAUUCCAGCAACCAUCGAAGUUUGACAGUGAUGGUGUGCUGACAGAUGAAGAAACCAAGCAGAGAAUCAAAGCAGUUCUUUUGGCUUUACAGGCAUUUACCUUGAGACUCAAAGGCAAGUGUGAAUAGCUUCUCCCAGUGAAUGUGGUCCAUUUCUUCAUCCAAUAUGGGUGGUCAAAAUUUUCUCCUGCAUUUCCAGCUCACAUGGAUAAGAAUUCUACUUUUAGAUUUGAAACAUCUGUUCAGUUGAUUAAACGUGUUAGCAGAAUUGAAAUUGUAUGAAAGUGAUUGAUGUAAUGGCUGGAUAAGUAAAAUCUGUGUCUGGAGUAUUACUAGCUAUUUAAGUUAUUAUCUGGCUUAAUGUUC